GUGGGGGCGAGACCACACAGCGAAUGAGAACUUCUAACUUUGCUUUUCUGAAAGUGGUGUAACUCAGCCGUCCUGCAGUUCAGCCUUCGAAACAUUUAAGACAAAGUCAGCUCGCGUAAUGUUUUCGUAGUAGUUCAAUAAUCUCCCCGCCGGUUCUUGAAUGCAACAUUGCGCCUUCCGUUUAUAUCUCACCUAAUCCCACUUCCUAUUUACCUAACUCCUCUGGCUACCUACAUCAUGCGGUCUUACCAUAUAUUCCGUAGCUGGGCUCUGGAAGCUCUUACUGUUGCUCUUGCGAUUAUUCUCAUUGCCUUGAUUUCGGGCGUUUUGGCAUUCUACAAUGGCAAGCCGGUACCGAACUGGGGUGACAACUUAAACCUCAACGCUCUUCUUGCGCUACUUUCAACAAUGCUUCGAGCUCUACUUGUCAUCAUCGUGGCUCAAAUCAUAUCGCAAAGGAAAUGGGACUGGUACAGCGUCAAAGAACCCCGACCAUUAGCAGACCUACAGCAAUUCGAUUACGGUAGCCGAGGAGCAUACGGCGCGAUGCUUCUAGUACCGACUGUUCUGUUUAAGGACUAUAUAACACUUACGGCGACACUCGUGUUACUCACGUCAUUUUUGGUGGGGCCUUGCGUCCAGCAAGCCAGCGGCAUAGCACCAUGCUCGGUCCCUGGCUCGAAAAUCAGCGCGUCGCUCCCUUUCCCGCAUCGGGUACCAGGAGAUGGAAUGGUCUUCCCGGAAUCGGGUAUCCCCCAGCCAGAAAUUAUUGCCGGAAUCAUAUCGAGUGUCGUAUCGCCCAACGGAAUCGAGAACCAGGUCAACAUGACUUGUCCCACGGGAAAUUGUACUUUUGGUGAUUUGAUUUCUGGGCGCUCUCAGGACACAAUCUUCAACGACGAUAACCGCACUGCGCAUUCGACUGUUGCAAUGUGCAACACGUGUACGGAUGUGACGUCCCUUGUGCUACAAGCAGGAAUACCGACUUCAGACCAUCCUUCGUUGGCGUUCCUCAAAUUGCCUAACGGAUUAAAUUUCUCAACAAUUUCUCUCAACCUUUCUAUGUCUACGAUGAGGCCAACUCCAGACCUUACUUGGAUGGGAGGUUUACUAACAGAUAGUGCCAGAGAGGCAUCCAGAUGGGCAUAUGUCAACGCAACCUUCGUAACUUCAUUCAAUCUUCCCAUCACUGCAUCUGUUUGCAGUCUGUACCCGUGCAUGCGUACGUACAGUAGCAUUGUCAAAGACAACCAGUUGCAUGAGGAAGAGACGCAGUCUAACAUUAUGCGCAUCGAUUCAGCUACCCGCAGUGUAUACUUUGAUGAGAACAAAACUGCUCAUUACAACUUUGAGGGGAAUAUCGAAACCUUCAACGCCCACACGAACAACAAUCUCAGUUAUGCAUCAAUAAAAGAGCCCUGCCAAGCAGGCGAACGUACCUUCUACGUCGGGGAUAAAUUGCCUGAGGAUAUCAUGAACAAGACAGCGAAUCUAUCUCUACUUGACUUCGGUCAAGAGAAAACUACCUCUUUCAACGUCACUUGGCCCAAGCAGUGCGUCUAUCGGCAAGAUGCGAAGUUUGUUAAGGCAAUCGCCACGGUCAUGAACGCUGAUAUCUUCGACGGUUUCUGUGACGAAUAUCGGAUCUGCACCAAGAAUGAGCCUCCUUAUGACUCUUACAUGUCCAAUGUAGGUGCGGGUUCAAUACUCCAAUCGCUGACUACGAAAAUAACAACCCAUGACAUGGUCACGAGCAUGUUCGAUUCUAUCGCAAGUGCUAUGACCAACAGAUUUCGCUUUCAAUACGGCAUUUCGGCCCAAGACGUAGACUUAGUUCAAGGGAAAGCAUGGGAAACUAAAGUCUGUGUUUCAAUGCGCAUAAAAUGGCUACUCCUUCCGAUCGGCCUUACUUCCGUCACAUUCAUCCUCUCCAUGUGGACGAUCAUCACAAACUGGCGACGUCGGCACAGUAUACCGAUUUGGAAAGAAAGCAUCCUGCCGCUACUUUUUUACGGCCAGGAUAUCGCACCACGAGACGCCAAAGCUUUGCCGAUACAGCCUUCUGGCAAAGAUACGGGUGGUGACCAGGUGGAAGGGCUGAUGGAAGCAAGUACGAUGGUGGCUGCUAGCCGUAAGAUCAUGGUGACUUUCCGGUUUGAUGACGGGAAGACGCACGAUACGGACGAUCAGGUAAUGAGUUCAACUGUGUCGUUGCUAGAUCAAGACAGCACUCCGCUAAGGAGACAAGAUAGUCGUGUCAGUUCUAUGGUCGAAUUUUGAUGCUCAUCAUGAUAGUAGCAUAAAGCCUGAAUAAGAUACCCGUGAGGUAGUAUACAAAUCUCAAUACAGAACAGCGCAAAGGCAUCAAGUAUGCGUACGAUAUCAUCGACAACACACAAGCGCAUCUCUAAGGCCACCCUAGAAGACCAAGU